CUUCAAAACCCUCGAAGGUGAACGACAUCAACUUUGAGAACAUGAGUAACGACGACGCAGUGCGGGUGCUGAGGGAGAUUGUACACAAGCCGGGGCCCAUCAUCCUCACCGUGGCGAAGUGCUGGGACCCGUCUCCUCAGGGCUACUUCACUCUGCCUCGCAACGAACCGAUCCGACCCAUCGACCCAGCGGCGUGGGUGAGCCACUCGGUGGCGAUGACCGGGGCCUACCCCGCCUUCCCAGGCAGCUCCUCCCUCAGCACCAUCACCUCCUCCUCCUCCGUCACCGAGACCGAACGUAAGAGCUACUCUCUCUUUCUCUGACAGCGGGGGCGGCACAGUACAUCAGUUUUUUAAUCGUCAUGGCGAUGUACGGAUGCAUGAUCUAUUUUGGGCCAAUAAUUGAACUUUUUAAAUAAUUUUUUAUUAAUCCAAUAAUUAAAAUGAUAGCCUUUAAAGA